AUGUCCAAUCUCAGGAGGAUGUCGGUAGACACGAAAAGAGCACAUGUCCCCGGCCUCGGCCUCUUCUUUACGGCGUGGUGCGUGAUGCGUGGUGCGUGGCGCGACUCGUGGGAGCUGUUGCCGUCGUGCGGGCGGCGCACGAACGUUGCCUCGGGACGUGCCAGCAUCUCAAAUCCGUCGUUCGUCGCGGGUGUGGCCGGCGCGGCCGACCAAGGCGGCGCCGACGUCGUCAGGGCGGACGGGGCGGCCGGCAACCGCGGCUGCAUCGGCGGCGGCAGCAGCAGCAUUGCCAGCGCCGCCACCACCGCCCGCAGGAGGGCCCUCCUCUUCAUCGUCGGAGGCGGCGGCGUGUCGGCCCCGGUAUAG